CCUCCUCGACCCCUCGCAGCGAGCGAAAGGGGGAGAGGGAAAAAAAAAAAAAUUCCGGUCUUCCACUCUUCCCUCCGUUCUCGGUAGAGAGAAAGGGUGCAGGAGAUGGAGUAAGAUAGGGAGAACUGGGGUGGUCAGAAAAAAAAAAGGUUUUUUUUUUUUGCCUAGUUUCAUCUCGUUGGGUUUUAUUUUUUUUUUAAUAGAAAUCAUGCUUGGAUUUGGAGUAGACUCGUGAUACCUUUUCUCCAAAGUCUAACCUGAAUAGAGAGUAGAGAGGGCCGAGCUCACGAGGCGGCUGCUGGGGGUUGGAUUGCUCACGGAUCGAGCGGUUCGAUAGUAGGAGCAGCUUCUCCAGUUUAAUUCAAAUAACUUUGAAGAUUCGUGGCGUUGGUUUUGUUUGGUGGAGAUUUCCUUGCAUAUCUUCUAAAUCUUUCAGCUUAGGUGACAUUGGAGAAGAUGAGAGUUUUCAGCCUUGAGAGCGUGAUAGAGGAGUUCGAGACGCUGACAAAGGAUGCCGGCCGCGUCCAGAGAGAGACCCUUAGAAAGAUUCUCGAACAAAAUGGUGAUGCAGAGUACCUGCAGAAUUUGGGCCUUGGAGGAAGAACCGACCCCGAAAGCUUUAAGGCUUGUGUUCCCUUGGUCACUCAUAAGGAUUUGGAGCCCUACAUUAAGAGGAUCAUCGAUGGGGAAACUUCACCUAUUCUCACUGGGAAGCCAAUAACAUCGAUCUCGUUGAGUUCUGGCACCACACAAGGAAAGCCCAAGUUUUUGCCAUUCAACGAGGAACUACUUCAAAAUACCAUGCAGAUCUAUAGGACUUCAUUUGCUUUUAGAAACCGAAUUGGCAAUGGAAAAGCCCUACAAUUCAUCUACAGCAGCAAGCAGGUCAUAACAAAUGGGGGCCUUACCGCUGCAACUGCCACAACAAAUGUGUACCGAAGUGAACAAUUCAAAUGCACAAUGGAGGAUAUCCAUUCUCGGUGUUGUAGUCCUGAUGAAGUUAUAUUUAGUCCAGACUUCCACCAGUCUUUAUAUUGUCACCUGCUAUGUGGACUAAUUUACUCGGCUGAAGUGCAGUUUAUAUCUUCCGCAUUUGCCCACAGCAUUGUUCAUGCAUUUCGAAUGUUUGAGCUGGUCUGGGAAGAUCUUUGUAGUGAUAUCAGACAUGGAGUUCUCUCCAGCAGAAUUACUGUCCCAUCUAUCCGUGCAGCUGUUUGUAAACUUUUAAGUCCAAAUCCCAUGCUGGCAGAUUCCAUAUACAAAAAAUGUACGGGUUUAAGUAACUGGUAUGGUGUGAUUCCAGAACUCUGGCCCAAUGCCAAAUAUGUCUCUGGCAUUAUGACAGGAUCCAUGGAACCAUAUUUGAAAAAAUUGAGACAUUAUGCUGGAAGCUUACCACUUAUGAGUGCUGAUUACGGUUCUUCAGAGGGAUGGAUUGCUGCAAAUGUGAACCCUGGACUGCCUCCAGAAUUGACAACCUUUGCAGUGCUUCCCAACAUUGGGUACUUUGAAUUUAUUCCUCUGGAGAAGCCUGAGGGCCAGGUGCUGGAGAAUUGUGCCUCCAUUCACUAUAUAGAAUCAGAGCCAGUUGGUCUUACAGAAGUUGAGGUUGGCAAAGAGUAUGAAAUUGUUGUCACCAGUUUUGCAGGUUUAUAUCGGUAUAGGCUGGGGGAUGUUGUAAAGAUAGCAAGAUUCCAUAACUCCACACCUGAGCUGCAAUUUAUAUGCCGAAGAAGCCUACUCCUAUCAAUCAACAUUGACAAAAAUACGGAGAAAGACCUGCAGCUGGCUGUGGAAGAGGCAACCAAGCUGUUAGCAGCCGAGAAGCUCGAGGUCGUGGAUUUUACCAGCCAUGUCGAUGUCUCAACAGACCCUGGCCACUAUGUGAUCUUCUGGGAGCUGAGCUCCAGCGCCAGCGAGGAGGUUCUGAGCAGCUGCUGCAAUUGCUUGGACCUGGCUUUUGUGGAUGCUGGCUAUGUUAGCUCAAGGAAGAUUCGUUCCAUCGGGCCGCUGGAGCUCCGCGUACUCAGGAAAGGAACGUUCCAGAAGAUUCUCGAUCAUUAUCUAGUCCUCGGGGCUGCAGUGAGCCAGUUCAAGACACCACGCUUUGUGGGCCCGUCAAACAGCAAGGUCUUGCAGAUCCUGUGCAGGAAUGUCGUCGAGAGCUAUUUCAGUACUGCCUAUGGCUGCUAAAAUCUGUGUAUCGUGCCCCUCCUGUAAUUAUAUUUCUCUGUAUGCCCUGUUAGCUUCCUUGAACCUUGCCUGAACUUGUUGUCAGGGGACAUAGCUCCUAUUUAAGUUUUCAGAGUGUGAUCAUGUAAAAUUGGAGGGACAAUUAAUAUGUGAGUAGUAUCUUGCUGCAUGUCAAGCUUAUUUUAUAAUUCAACAUAUGUUUGAAGAGGUUUAUAGCUUUA